AUGUCGAAAACUGUUUUAGUCCUCGGUGCCACUGGAACUCAAGGUGGAUCAAUUGCCAAUCUAUUAGUUCAAUAUCCGGACCAAUAUCUGGUACGAUGCCUUACACGAAAUCCCAGCUCGGACAAGGCAAAAGCCCUGGCCGCAAAGGGAGCGCAGCUCGUGAAGGCUGAUUUGACUGUCCCUUCCACCCUGCCAGAGGCGUUCAAAGGAGUCUGGGGUGUCUUUGCUGUCACUGACUUUUACGAUACGGCUGUUCUUGAUGAUCCUAUGAGCGAGGAGAAACAAGGACAACAUAUCGUCGAGGCAUCAGUGGCAGCUGGUGUUGAAUGUUUCCUUUGGAGCACCUUGCCGAGCUCUAAAGAGAUAUCUGGUGGCAAAGGGCAUUGGGCUAACCUGGCUGCUACAGGAAAACAGUCUGUUGAUGCAGUCAUUCGCGAUGCAGGCCUCAAGGGUGCCUUCAUUCGUACUGGUAACUUCUAUGAGAACAUGAUCUCACGAAAGUACGCUGCAUAUGACAAGGAGAAUGAUGUUAUUACCAUGACGCGACCCAUUAUCGGACCCGAUGCUGAACUUACUUCACUUUACGUCGAGAAAGACCUCGGGGCGGUUGCCAAAGCGCUGUUUGAUCAGUGGGAGGAGAAGAAGGAUACUCUUGAUGGUAAAUACUUUCUUGCAAGUGGAGCUCGGGAGACAAUGGGUGAUAUCAAUGCCAUUCUUGAGAAAGUGUCUGGUAAAAGGGUCAUUUACAAUAUCAAGCCAACAUGUGGUAUUCCGGAUCGCGAUAUCAUGUUGCAACUUUACAACAAUGUAGGAAUGUACCCCGGGGUUGAUAUUCCGACUCCAGAGGUGGCAAUGUUGGGUGUGAAGCUGCACAAAGCUGAGGAAUUCAUCCGGGAGAGGUUGCUCCCACACCUUGAACUUGGCCAACGUGACUAG